ACAGGUUCAUUCAACAGCGCAGAACCACUGCUGACCUCACUGUCUCUUUGUGAAGGGAAAAUCCAGAGUUGCAUUCUGUGAAAUGGCAAAUGGUCGACCAGCUGCGAGCAGAGUGCAUCUCUGUCUCUAACCUAACACAGGCCUACAGAUGAGCGCUGAAGAGCCCACUGCCACACUCUCCUCUGGACAACAGAACAUACAAGGGAAACAUGAAUCUUGAUGGAGAUACAUUAUCUGUGAUUGAGAAUCCUGUGGCUGUCAGUCAUUCUUUCCACCCAGAGAAGACAGGAGUGGGAGAGGCCCGAGGAGCUCAGAGUCAGAGCUGCCAUGCCUGGCUGAGAGGAAUCCAUUCUACAAACCACAUGUCAGCCAAUAGACUGGUGAGAGUACUGGCUGCUGUGUGUGCAGUAGGACUUCUGGGAGGCUUAGCAGUCGGAGUGUGGUUCCUAGUCAGGUUGUUGUUGAGGCCUACCUCUUCCCAGAGCCCAGCUGGGCUAGGGGACACCAAGGAGACGUCCUUCUGUAACGUGACUGAGGACAUCUCUGUGGCUGACCCCAGGAAAGGUUCAGUGUUUUACAGAAUCAGCCCGGAGAACUCUCUCUUGGAGAUCCAGCUAGAGAAGGUGCCCACCUGGCUGCCUGUGUGCUAUGAGAGAUGGAACUCUUCCCUGGGGACCCUGGUCUGCCGCCAGCUGGGAUAUCUAAGACUGACCAAGCAAAAGGGGGUGAACUUAACCGACAUCGGACCAAACUACACAGAUGGCUUUAUACAGAUUACCUCCGAACACAAUAGCAGCCUGGAAAAUAUAUGGCAGUUAAGGGGGAGUUGCGUCACAGGGAAGGUUAUAGCUUUGAAAUGUUUUGAGUGCGGGACCCGGGCUAAGCUGCCCAGGAUAAUUGGGGGAGUUGAGGCUACCUUGGGAAGGUGGCCCUGGCAAGUCAGUCUCUACUACAGCAACCGACACACCUGUGGAGGCACCAUCAUCACCAGCCAAUGGGUGGUCACAGCAGCCCACUGUGUGCACAACUAUAGGCUACCACAGGUGUCCAGUUGGGUGGUCUACGCUGGUAUUGUCACACGCAGUUCAGCUAAAAUGUCUCAGUACAUUGGAUAUCCAGUGGAAAAGAUCCUCUACAACAAGAACUACAAUCCCAGGAGCCACGACAAUGACAUUGCUCUGAUGAAACUGCGAACCCCACUGAAUUUCUCAGAUACCAUCAGGCCUAUUUGUCUGCCACAGUACGAGCGUGAUCUACCAGGAGGAACACAGUGCUGGAUCUCUGGCUGGGGCUACACUCAACCGGAUGAUGUUCUCAUCCCUGCCACGCUAAAAGAAGCUCCGGUUCCACUGAUAAGCACCAAGAAAUGCAACAGUUCCUGCAUGUACAAUGGAGAGAUCACCCCCCGCAUGCUCUGUGCUGGAUUUACAGAGGGCAAAGUGGACGCAUGUCAGGGGGACAGUGGGGGUCCUCUGGUCUGUCAAAUUGACAAUGUGUGGAGACUGGUGGGUGUGGUGAGCUGGGGUACAGGCUGCGCUGAGCCCAACCACCCCGGAGUCUACACCAAGGUGGCUGAGUUCCUCGGCUGGAUCUACGACAUGAUUGAGAGCUACUGAGGAGGAAGAGGAAUAAGACAAUGGAUGAUCAGGGAGACUCAUGUAUGACCAGAACAGGCCUAGAGCAAACUGAAACAUAAGAUGCUCCUGACAUUCUUCCUCCUGUACUAUAUCUGUCAUUUUACCUCCUUAUAAUGGCCAUGUUUAUUGCAGAAAUGCAUACAUCAUUUAGGAAAUAAUUUUAUACUAUUUGUUUGUCAUACAUUUUAUUUUUAGCACCUGAAUGAGAACAUAUUUAUAUCAUAUAUUUGUAUUGUAAUGAAAAUAAAUUAUGCUUCAUA